AUGACCUCGUUGUUAACCACAAUGUUCGUACCGUUGACUUCUUCUCCCGUUGCACAGGCCUUGCCGCCUCAUUGUACCCUCAAACAAUCAUCUUCCUGUGUCACCAUCAAUUCCUACACUUUUCUUGACAGCCCUGAACCUUCUUUGAUCAGCUCAUAUUCCCCCACGUCUCGUGCUGAACAGCUGCUGCGGUCCUCCGCAUUCGGUUCUCCAUCUCCUUCACCUACAAAGCCCCAGAAGUCACAAUCCUCAAGUAUUGACCCAUCUUCACCCUUUAGCAAUGCCCGCACCCGGGGUCAAUUCAAACCGCGAAAUGCCACCAAAGGGACCACUAGCUACCAACUGAGACAAUUCGCAGAGGCAACUCUAGGAAGUGGCAGUCUGAGACAGGCGGUCAAGUUACCCGAAGGCGAAGAUCUGAAUGAGUGGCUAGCCGUGAAUGUGGUCGACUUCUACAACCAGAUAAACCUCCUCUAUGGAUCCAUCACAGAAUUCUGCUCUCCACAAACAUGUCCCGAGAUGAAAGCCACUGACGAAUUCGAAUAUCUCUGGCAAGACGCAGCGUCCGGCUAUUCUAAACCGACCAAGAUGCCCGCUCCAGAGUACAUUGAGCACCUGAUGACAUGGGUGCAAUCCAACAUCGACAACGAAUCCACUUUCCCAUCCCGCAUCGGGGUCCCCUUCCCGAAGCACUUCCCAUCCACCGUCCGCCAACUCUUCAAGCGCCUCUACCGAGUCUACGCCCACAUCUACUGCCACCACUACCAGGUCAUCGGCCAUUUGGGCCUGGAACCACACUUGAACACUAGCUUCAAGCACUACGUUCUGUUCAUCGACGAGCACGACUUGGCCAAAGGCGGCGGCAAGGAUUACUGGGGUCCACUCGGUGACUUGGUCGAUAGCAUGUUGAAGAGUGAGUGA